GAGGGGGCGGGGCUACCAGCAGGGGGCGGGGCUACCAUGGCCUGCUCUUCGGUGAAGGUGGCGGUUCGAGUCCGACCUUUCAACUCCAGAGAAACUCAACGCAACGCCAAGUGUGUGAUCCAGAUGCAGAACAACACAACCUGUAUCUUCAACCCCAAACAAACCAAAGAUGGAGCCAAAAACUUCACAUUCGACUAUUCCUACUGGUCCCACACUGACGCCGAGGAUCCAGCCUUCGUGUCCCAGCGACAGGUUUACAAGGACAUCGGAGAGGAGAUGCUGCUGCACGCCUUCGAGGGCUACAACGUCUGCAUCUUUGCUUACGGCCAGACGGGAGGAGGGAAGAGCUACACCAUGAUGGGGAGACAAGAACCGGACCAGGAGGGGAUCAUCCCCCAGCUGUGUGAGGAUCUGUUCCAGAGGACCGGGGAGAACCAGGACCCGGACCUGAACUACUCCGUGGAGGUGUCCUACAUGGAGAUCUACUGCGAGCGGGUCCGGGACCUGCUCAGUCCCAAGUCCGUGGGGAGUCUCCGGGUCCGGGAGCACCCGAUCCUGGGCCCGUACGUGGAGGACCUGAGCAAGCUGGCGGUGACCGGGUUCAGGGACAUCCAGGACCUGAUGGACGCCGGAAACAAGGCCCGGACGGUUGCAGCCACCAACAUGAACGAGACGUCGUCCAGAUCUCACGCCGUCUUCACCAUCGUCUUCACGCAGAGGAGGAGAGACCAGAUGACGGGCCUGGACACGGAGAAGGUCUCCAAGAUCAGUCUGGUGGAUCUGGCCGGGUCAGAACGGGCCGACUCCACCGGCGCCAGGGGAACCCGACUGAAGGAAGGAGCAAACAUCAACAAGUCCCUGACGACGCUGGGGAAGGUGAUCUCAGCGCUGGCCGAGAUGCAGAGCAGCAAGAAGAGGAAGAGCGACUUCAUCCCCUACAGAGACUCGGUGCUCACCUGGCUGCUGAAGGAGAACCUGGGAGGAAACUCCCGCACCGCCAUGAUCGCUGCCCUGAGUCCUGCUGACAUCAACUACGAGGAGACGCUGAGCACGCUGAGGUACGCGGACCGGGCCAAGCAGAUCCGCUGCAACGCCAUCAUCAACGAGGAUCCAAACGCUAAGCUGAUCCGGGAGCUGAAGGCCGAGGUGGAUCAUCUGAGGAGCCUGCUGUUCUCUCAGGGCCUGCAGGUUCUGCUGGACCCUACCGGUACCAGUACCGUCAGCAACAGCCCAUCUGCGGUUGCAGGUUUGGCUCCGCCCCCUCAGCUGACGGCCAAUGGGAUUGCAGCUCUGGAAGACUCCGCCCCUCCAGCUGACGGUCCAACGCCCGCCGACGUCUCUCCCUCCGACUCCGACAACGGCGUCAACCUGCCGGAGGACGACGGGGACGGAGACGGGGACGAGGGCGUCGCCACGGAAACCAUCAUCAGUCAAGAGGAGGCUGCCGAGAGGCUGUUGGAAACGGAGAAGAUCAUCGCGGAGCUGAACGAGACGUGGGAGGAGAAGCUGCGGAAGACGGAGUCCAUCCGGCUGGAGAGGGAGGCGCUGCUGGCAGAGAUGGGCGUGUCCAUCAAGGAGGACGGAGGAACGCUGGGCGUUUUCUCUCCUAAAGGGACUCCUCACCUGGUGAACCUGAACGAGGAUCCUCUGAUGUCGGAGUGUCUGCUGUAUUACAUCAAGGAGGGAGUUACCAGGGUGGGCCAGCAGGACGUGGACGUCAAACUGUCGGGUCAUUUCAUCAAGGAAAUCCACUGCGUCUUCAUCAGCGAGACCAACGACCAGGGAGAAGUGGUGGUGACGCUGGAGCCGCUGGUUGGAGCCGAGACCUACGUCAACGGGAAGCAGAUUACCGACGCCGUGGUGCUGAAGCAAGGCAACCGCGUGGUGAUGGGGAAGAACCACGUGUUCCGGUUCAACCACCCGGAGCAGGCGCGGCUGGAGCGCGAGCGCAGCGUCACGGCCGACCAGCAGGGGGAGCCAGAGGACUGGAACUACGCCCAGAGAGAACUGCUGGAGAAGCAGGGCAUCGACAUCAAGCUGGAGAUGGAGAAGAGGCUGCAGGACGUGGAGAUCCAGUACCGGAGAGAGAAGGAGGAGGCAGAUCUGCUGCUGGAGCAGCACCGGCUGUACGCCGACAGCGACAGCGGCGACGACUCGGACAAACGUUCCUGUGAGGAAAGUUGGAGACUGAUCUCGUCGCUGAGGGAGAAGCUGCCGGCCAAUAAGGUCCAGUCCAUCGUGAAGCGGGUCGGCCUCCCCAGCAGCGGGAAGAGGAGGGAACCGCUCCGGGUUUACCAGAUUCCCCAGAGGAGACGCAUCAGCAAAGACCCCAAACGGGUCACGGUGGACGACCUGAGGAUGCAGGCGGUGAAGGAGAUCUGCUACGAGGUGGCGCUGGGAGACUUCCGCCACUCCCGGCAGGAGAUCGAGGCGUUGUCCAUCGUGAAGAUGAAGGAACUGUGUCGCAUGUACGCCAAGAAGGACGGGGGGGGGCGGGACAGCUGGACGGCCGUGGCCCAGGACGUGUGUGACACGGUGGGGAUCGGGGAGGAGAGGAGCCCCCCCGGGGACGAGGGCGGCCCUGGGGGCCCCGGGGGACCCGGGGGGCCCGGCGACGAGGGCGGGGGCAAGACCGGCGUCUACGACCUGAAGGCUCACAUCGACAAGCUGACGGACAUCCUGGAGGAGGUGAAACUGCAGAACAACAUGAAGGACGAGGAAAUCCGAGCUCUGAGAGACAGAAUGAUCAAGAUGGAGAGCAUCAUCCCCGUGCAGGACGACGACAUGAACGGAGAACGGGGCGAGUCUCCUCAGGGCGACGGCGAUGUGGGCGGGGCUGACGAGGUGGGCGGAGCCAGUGAUAUGGGCGGAGCCGAUGAGGUGGGCGGAGCCAGCGAGGGGGGCGGAGCGGGCGGCGUCCCGGAGGUCCGAGUCAAGCGGCUGAUGGACGAGGACCCGGCGUUCCGGAGAGGACGCCUCCGCUGGCUGAAGCAGGAACAGCAGCGGAUCCUCAACCUGCAGCAGCAGAACAUCAGCAAGAAGCUGCGGGGCCAGAACCAGAACCAGAGCCCAGGUCCGGCCCCCCCCACCGUCCCGGUCCACCUGCCCGGUACCGGCCGCUUCAUCCCCCCCCAGGAGUGCAAGCUGAAGUUCCCCUUCAAGAGUAACCCGGCCCACCGGUUGUCCUGGGGACCGGCCAGCGCCGCGCUGCAGGCCCUGGGGCUGGUGGGGGGUGAGGGUAUUGGGGGCCCCGGGGGGCCCGGGGCGCCUGGGGGGGACCAGAACGAGGGCAAGGCCUCCCCGUCGCCGCCGCCGCCGUUCCAGGGCCUGCUACCCCUCCCCUUCCAGGCCCCGCCCCCCCCUCGCCACCGCACGCCCAGCCCCCACCGCGGCUGGCACCAGGGCCGUAACCACGGCAACCAGGGGGGCAACCACCAGGGCAACCACCAGGGCAACCAGAACCAGCAGCGCCGCUACCGCCGCAACUCCCUGGACAGCUCCUCCCAUAACAACGGUAACCAUGGCAACGAGCAGCAGCAGCAGCACCAGGGCCGCCCCCGGCAGAGGAGGGGGGCGUCGCCCGGGCCCAGGGGCGGAGCCGGAGCAGGGGGCGGGGCCAGGGACAGAGACGGGGCCGCGGCCGGGUUCCAGUUCUACCACCACCCGUACUUCAACCCCCACAAUGCACCAUUCCACCCCCCGGGGCCGGGGGUGGGGCUGGGGCCCCCCCACCACUACCACAGCCUGCCGCGGCCCGGGGCCCCCGGAGCCCCCCCGCCGCCGCCCCCCGACAUGCUGCUGGCCCUGGCCCCGCCCCCCGGGGGGUGGGGCUUCCACACCCCCCCCAGGAUGAGGCGGCAGUUCAGCGCGCCGGACCUGAAGAGCAACAAGGACGGCUAGCGGGGCGGCUAACGGGACGCCUGAUUGGCCGACGGCAGCCCAGCUGUGGACGUGUGUGUGUGUGAGGGCUGUGUGUGUGUGUGUGUGUGUGUGUUUGCACGGGUCGUCUGUUGCCAUAGUAACACUGUAUCGGUCCUGGUGGAUCAGAACAAGCUCAGAUCAGCAACCAAUCAGCCGUCAAUCAGAGAGGAUCAUGGGUAAUCAGACCACCACACCUCCACCUCUGUAGUUUUACAGAUUAAAUGCGUUAGCCGCAUGGACAGUCGUCAUAAUUAACAGAAACUCAGCCCUCCACAGGGCUAACGUUACGUUAGCACGGCACCGUAACGUUAAUCUCAUUAAUUCAUUUAAUUUUCCCAUUCCCAUUGUUUAGUGUUCCCAUUAGUUUGGAAAUUUGGAAAUGUUUAUGCACUUCGUGCAAAAACUAUUUAUGCCAUCGCUCUGAAAAUCCACAGGACUGUAGUUAAAUUCAGGGCCUACAACUUUCUAAAUUGGUUCAGAAUUUUUCGAGUAACGGUGUGCGAGUGGUGAGGCCCCAAAGUUCUUGCAAUGCGUUCCGGAUGGGGCAAAAAGCGCACGUUUGUGCACGUUGCGCAAAAAUGUGCACGCCAAUCGCUAAUAAAAGUCAUACCAAUCGAUUCCCGAUUAAGGCGCACGUUUCUACGUUUUUUACUUUUUGCGUUUUCUCAAAGCUGUGGGACUAGUUACGCGCCCAGGCACUCCUCCUCCAUUGCGGAGCUAUUGAGGAGUCGGGUGGCGCAGGGUGGCGCAGCCGUGGCACUAACUAGACAAUUUCCUCACAGAAAUUUUGAGAGUGCCAAGGCGGGCUGCUGCACAUUUGUGUACAUUUUACAAGCAAUAAAGGUGAAGGACUCAAUACCGAGUCCAAUGACACCACCCAUGACUCUCUAUGUCAAACCAUUCAAAAGUUAUUACAGAAAAUAGGUAUUAGGCUAACAGAACCGCUAACGGGACCGCUAACAUAACCGCUAACGCUAGCUAGCUAUGCUAGCGCUGGCUAUGCUAGCGCCGGCUGUGCUAUCGCCGGCUAUGCUAGUGCUGGCUAUGCUAGCGCUGGCUAUGCCAGUGCUGGCUAUGCUAGCUCUGUCCUACAGUGAAGAUGCAACAGUGUUGCCUUGCUGUCCAGCUGGAAAUGCUGCCACACUUUUGACAUUUGCUGCUCUCCUCUUUCUUCUUCCUUUACGUGCGCGGCAUCAGCGCGUUGUGACGCAUUAAACGUAGUCCGGGAGAAAUACGAUGCUUUGAGCUGAAAAAUUAAACGAUUCCUCCAGGCAGAGAAAAUUCCUCAAUCACUUUUUGUAAUCGAAUUAUUGGAGGAAUCGUUUCAGCCCUAAACUACAUGAAGAAGGACAGAAUCAUUUAUGGGCCCAGGACGGGGCCCUGAUGGCGGUCGUCAUGGUUACCGGCUCCUGUUGUCCAUCUGAGCCGGUUCCUCUGAUCCACCACGACCGGGUUUUUCCUCUUCAUUUCCUCCAACGCGGGGACGGACUAGUUACUAGUAGUUACUAGUAACUAUGGGAUGGAGAGGCCGUUUGACUCGUGAGACUGUUGUAGUUUUAGUUUCAAUCCGAUGCUCUGACGGUUGCCACGGCAACCCGGUGCCUUAAUUAAAACCCGGCGAGACGAGUCCGAGGUCCGUCUGCGGGUUUGAGAAGUUAGCGAUCGUAGAGAAGAUAACAAGGGGCCCCCGGUGGCCCCUGGGGUGGCCCCUGGGGUGGCCUAGUGGCCCUGGGGUGGCCCCGCCCUAGGUGGCCCCCCUUAUAUGUAGGUUUAUGCGGUUAUUAGUUGCAACUUGAAGGCUGCAAACCAAAGAAAGCCCCUGUAGCCCCGAAGGGGGCAGCUAGCCGCCCGGAGGGGGCAGGAAGUGGCCCUACGACCCUCUGGGGGGGCAGGAAGUGGCCCUACGACCCUCUGGGGGGGCAGGAAGUGGCCCUACGACCCUCUGGGGGGGCAGGAAG